GAUGCGUUUAAGGACGCGAAGACUGAGGAAGAUGCCACGGUUAUUGCUGGAAAACUUGCCAAGGCAAAACUAGAUCUCGGCAUGCUUCAAAGACAAGCAACUAUAGGUUACCUGUUUGACCCGCAUACCCGGCUACCCGUGAAGUAACUACCUGACCUACCUGUAAUCAGCUGUAUAUCGUAUAUACUUCAACUCUAGUGAUACAUUCAGUCUAUGAAAUUUUCUCGUAUUCAUUGCAACAAAUUAAUAUUUUGUGAUUAAAAUCCUAAAGGGAUUGUUUAUCGUUUUUUGAAAAAUGAUUUAUCCCAAGAAAUUCCGAUAAUGUUACAACCAUUUAAAAAAAAAUUUAAAUAUUGGAUUAAUUGUACCCAUUUUUGGAAAUUUGUGAACAUUCCCUUUAGAAAUAUUUAUUUCAUUCCUGGGAUUUGCAGAUACACUAACUGUGAAAAAUGGCUACUUUAAAGGGAGGAAGACAUAAAGUGUUAAAAAGACAAGGCGCAAGGAAUUGUUUGAAUAUGGAUACUUUCCAGAUAUCUUCCCCAGUUGGAACAUGGGAAGUUGAACAAUGUAACCUAGGUGUGCACCUGGUGAAACUAAAACAAGGAGAAUAUCCAGAAAUAGAUCUAGAGAUUCCUGUCAGAAAUUUAAACAAGUGUUCUCCCGCUUUGUAUACUGAGCAGUGGCUGGAUGCAUAUUUUAACAGAUUAGAUGAAUGUAUGAGUAUGAAGCUACCUACAGUGUGCCCAUAUAUUCUUGACCCCCAACAAAGCUUCAGAAGUAAGGUCUGGGAUUACAUAUACUCAAAACUAGGGGUUGGAGAACUUGCUAGCUACGGUGAAGUGGCCGCUGCAGUUGGCUCUUCUAAAGCAGCCCAGGCGGUUGGAACAGCAAUGAAGAUGAAUCCUGUUUCCCUUAUUAUUCCCUGCCAUAGGGUAACAAGAGUGGGCGGAGAUCCUGGUCACUACAGUGGGGGAACUAGGGACAAUCUCAAGGUGCAGCUGUAAAAAUGAAGAAAAUGUUAUGGGCCGAUGCAAUAUUACAGAUGACAGCUACUGUCUAAGACUGCAGAAACAUAACUGGUUAUAGAUGAAAGAUGGCAGCUACUCUACUUUCCAUAAUUGGAGAUAUCAAACAGAUUGUGAAUGACAGCUGCCAGCCAUGUUCUGAUUACCGAUAUUCAACAGCUUAAAGAUAUUUAUAACAGUUGUAUGACAGCUGAGAACUAAAAAAGCUAACAAGAAUCCAGGCACUAAG